AUGCACGGUGACUACCAACUGGCAUAUUGCCCGAUCACUCAGAUAAUCUCGUUCGCUUUCCGUGAUGGGGCUUUUGUCAAUACGGAGCUCACACCAGAGCUCAUUUGGAGGCUGCGAGUUCCCAAGCACAGUUCAUCCCUUCCUCUUCGGUGGAAACCAGAAGUUCUGAAUACUCCUAUUCUUCGACGCUUUGAGCGCACUCCGUACGGCUACGAACUCGAUAAGUCUUUAUCGAUGACUUAUGAAUCAAGUCGGCAAGCCCUCAAAGAGUUGGGCCGAGACGCUAAGUUUGAAGACGAUAUUGGACAUUACAACUUUCGCCGUUGGACGGCAAAUGAAGUUAAUCGGAAUUUCACCAGCCAAGAACGGCAAAGGGUGCUUGGUCAGUCUGGCGACGCUGUCUUCGAAAAGCAUUAUCAAUCACAAUUCAUUGGACGCGAUCUCCAGCAUGUUGUUCUUCUUCGACCGCCUCAGGAGGGCCUUGUACGUUUUGCCGGAAGCAUGCUCAGGAAAAGGGAUAUCAACGCUCCGUCUGAGCUCACCGAUACGCACAAGCGUGCUAUUUGCCAAAACCCAGCUAUUUUGCACCUUAGACGAGAGAAGAGAGAGCUUAUGGCGGAGAUGCGAUCCCUGGCCGGCACUGUUAAAAAUGCCCGAAUCCCCUUUCCGCACCUCCAUCAAAGGCAUGAGGAUGUCAAAAAAGAAAUAGCUAAGCUUCGAAAGAGGUUAGCCACCGACACGCGGGAAACAGCUAGGAAAGAUCAUUUCCAAAAUGCGCCCGUAUUAGAAAUUGACAAACAGAUAAGACAACUCCUCGGUAAUUCUGAUGAAGCUUCUAAUGAAGCAUCUGAUGAUGAAAACUCUGGUGAUGAAAGCUGGGAAUUGCCAAAACCAGAAUAUCUUUUUGCUGAACGGGCACGCCUGGUGGAAAACUUUUACGGGCCUGAUGCAGAGACCUUUGACGAUGACAAGCUUCUUGCUCGACGCAUACAGGUUACCAAAGACAUGGUUGCACUGCUGCAGCUUUGCGAACCGAACAGACGAGGCAACCGAGUUAAUUGGAAUAUUGACGAUGAAUAUGGUUUGGUUGACCGGCCCGAAGAAUCGCCGCUCCCUGAGGAGGACAACAUGAAAUGCGCAACUGAUGUCUGCAUCAUUUGCUGCGGUCUAUCUCGUCAAUCAUCAUCGAGCCUUCCUCCGCACAAGUUUCCUUCAAAUCGACUGGAUUCGCUUCGUCGCCACUUAAUCGAUAUGCACCUAGUCUAUGCACGCGGCGGAAUCAGCUGCAAUUGGGAGGAGUGUCGCAAUGUCCCCCAUUUCAGCGAGAUCACAGAAUUUUUAGCCCAUGCUUACACUGCACACUCAUACGAUGUCAAUCUCAAAUUGUGUCAUCUUCCGCAUGUGACACAAACCAACUGCAGCGAUAUUUCAUCCAGAGAAGAAUCUUUGGAAUCGGAGACUCGUCCAAGAAUUGAGACUCCUGCCUCCUCCGUCGAACUCGAGUUGGGAAAUAUUGAUCCACGCCUGUUAGAGGCUCAUCCUGCCCCCAUUACGAACUCCUUGCCGUAUCAGUCAGAUACCGAACCUCCAGACUCCUCUAAUGGAUCUGUACUGAAAAAUACUAAGCCCAGCUCAGUCAAAGUUCCGAUUAGGCGGUCGACGAGGGGUACUACAAAACUAACAGAGCUCACGCCUGCUCCUGAGCCGAAGUGUAAACCUCAAAAUCGGAAGCGUUCAUCCCGGAGAAAUCUACAUGCAAAAGAGCAUUCGCCUGGAAAACAACGAGGGAACAAGAAGUUGGCUGGCAUGAAAGCUCCCAAAGCGCCCCUACCGCGUCGAUCAAAGCGAUUGCGGGCUCAAUGA